CCUCACUCCUUGCUUCAUCAGUCUUCUUGCUUCUCUUCUUCUCGACCGCCUUCCUUCUUCCUCCUGUGAUUUCUAAGCCACUCUGCAAUGGAUAACGUUCUGGGUCUUCUCAAACUUCGUAUCAAAAGAGGUAUUUCUCUCGCGAUUCGUGAUACUCGUAGCAGUGAUCCUUAUGUCGUUGCCACCUUGGGCGACCAGAAAGUGAAGACUCGUGUCGUGAAGAAUAACCGCAACCCUCAGUGGGAUGAUGAAUUGACACUCUCUGUUAAGGAUGUCAACUCUCCAGUUCAUCUUGCAGUUUUCGACCAUGACACAUUCACCGGGGAUGACACAAUGGGGGAUGCAGAAAUAGACAUAAAGCCAUAUCUUCAGUGUCUGAAGAUGAACUUGACCAACCUGCCGAGUGGUUGUAUAGUGAAGAGAGUUCAACCAGAUGGGAAAAACUACCUUGCUGAGGAGAGCAGCUGCAUAUGGAAGAAUGGAAAAAUCACCCAAGAAAUGACUCUUGCUUUGAGAAACGUGGAAUGUGGCUACGUAGUUGUCGAAAUUGAGUGGAAGGAAAUUCCAGGUUGCAAGGGCUUAUCUGGGAUUGAGAUCUAAGUCUUCUGCACAAUGUUUAAUGAGGAUUAGAGCUAGACUCUCCUCAUGUGUCAUGAAGGGUUGUAUUUGGUAGGAUAUUUCUAUCAUGAAUCCACGGUGUUACCCGUGUGAUGGUGAGUGUAUUCGUAUUAUCAAUAAUCUGAGACUGCUUAGUUUAUAUUCGGCAGAGUUGAAGCAGAACCAUUUAGUGUCAUGUAGAAAUGUGGAAUCAGUAUCAGUUAACAUAAUGAUCUGUGCUAGUAACCAAGCGA